ACUGUAAGAAAUUUUUUCUUUUGACCGUAAAAGAGUUUCAAGAAACGUGCAGAAAACUUUUCUUAACAAAAAAAAUAAAACAAAUGUGCUAAUAGGCCAUCUGUUAUUCAGGCCAGGCCCAACUGAAAGAAAGCCCAUCUUCAUUCGGCACUUCUUCUAUUGUCGUUGUCGAACUCACUGAACAACUGUCGGGGAAGGAAAAAAGAAAAAGAAAAAGAAGAAGAAAAAGUAAAAGAUGGAGUACGAGAACAAGCUGGUCCUCGCUCCUAUGGUUCGAGUUGGUACGUUGCCCUUUAGGUUACUAGCUGCUGAAUAUGGUGCAGAUAUUACUUAUGGAGAGGAGAUUAUUGAUCACAAGCUUCUCAAGUGCGAACGCAAAGUCAACGAAUACAUUGGGUGCACUGAUUUUGUCGAGAAAGGAACAGAAAAUGUUGUCUUCAGAACCUGCAAUGAAGAGAAAAAUCGGGUUGUAUUCCAAAUGGGCACUUCUGAUGCUGUGAGGGCUCUAACUGCUGCUCAAAUGGUGUGCAAAGAUGUUGCUGCUAUAGACAUCAAUAUGGGCUGCCCUAAGUCAUUUUCUAUAAGUGGGGGCAUGGGUGCUGCGCUGUUGACUAAACCGGAGCUCAUUCAUGAUAUAUUGACAACACUAAAGAGGAACUUGGACUCUCCGGUGACAUGUAAGAUUAGACUUCUAAAGUCUCCCCAGGAUACGGUUGAACUGGCAAGGCGAAUUGAAAAAACUGGUGUUUCUGCUCUAGCUGUUCAUGGAAGGAAAGUUGCAGAUAGGCCGAGGGAUCCAGCUAAGUGGAGUGAGAUUGCUGACAUUGUAUCAACAUUAUCUAUUCCAGUCAUUGCAAAUGGAGAUGUCUUUGAUUAUGGUGACUUUGAACGAAUUAAAGCUGCAACAGGUGCUUCAUCAGUGAUGGUUGCAAGGGGAGCUCUUUGGAAUGCUUCAAUUUUCUCUCCUAAAGGCAAAGUACAUUGGGAGGACGUCAAACGAGAGUAUGUUAGAAAGAGCAUCUUAUGGGAUAAUGAUGUUAAAAGCACAAAGCACACAUUAAAGGAAAUGAUUAUGCAUUAUUCUUGCCUUGAACUUCCAGAGGGGAAGGGUGUGAUCAAAUCAGAAACUCUGGCAGAUAUAGCGAAAUUUUAUGGGGAGGAAAGGUACUAUCAGCUUGUCAAUGAAAAGCGGCUCGGACUCGACGGAAGCAUAGAAAAAUUUUUGUAGUGCCAGAUGAGUUUCUCACAUGGAAGGAAGAUUGCCCGCUAGCUGUUUAUACUUGUACUCUUAAUCUAGCCACUGAAAGUUAGAAGUGUAUGCGAAUGAAAUCUGCAGGAUUUGUGAAAUAUCGUAAGCUCAAAAUGACCAAUUGGCGACCGCUUUAUUAUGUGGAAAACAAAACGCACUCAAUAUUACUACCUUAACCUUUUCAGCAUCUAUUCUUUUCUUCUCAUGCAGUUUUUGGUGUAGUAUACGGCAUUGUAGUUAUUGUAGGUUCACAAUAAUAUUGCCAUCUCUUCUUUCUUUUUUCUUUCAUAAAUAUUCUUUUCCAUUGUAAUAUUAGUGUUGCAAUUUCUUUUGGGGAAAAGAGCUUUUAAAUGCUUUCAUAAAAAGAAGGUGAAAAUUGCUUUUGUAAUGCAUUUUGGGAUUUAGACUGAUGAGGGAAAGAGAGGAGUUGCUUUGAUGAUUGGUUUAUAUUUAUUUGCGAUGUUGGAAUAAAAUCAAUCAUACUAUUUAAUUGUUACAUUGUUUAUUCUUA